AUAACAGUGAAACAGAACAGGGUUCUCCAUCGCUGCCCUGCAGUGCCAGUGUGGUAAAUACUGGAGAGGAUGUGAAACAACAGGAAACAGAUUUCCAGCUAACUUCUACAGAAGAAGCAGCUACAAAGGCAAAGUGGCAGAGGAUUAUGGGUUCAAAUUAUGAAAUAGUGGUAGCUGUAGUUAACAAAUUUAGUGAAAGCAGUGGGUUAGGCAUAAGUCUUGAAGCUACAGUGGGACAUCAUUUCAUCAGAUCUAUCUUACCGGAGGGGCCAGUUGGACGAAGCGGCAAGCUGUUCAGUGGAGAUGAGCUCCUGGAAGUGAAUGAGAUCUCUUUGCUUGGAGAAAACCACAAGGAUGUGGUCAAUAUCUUGAAAGAACUGCCUAUUAAGGUGACGAUGGUGUGCUGUCGUCCAGUAGGUCCCCCCAUCACUCACCCAGAAGUACUGGAGAGUCUAAGUCUGUCUGAGGUUCAGCUCACAGAAAAGGCUCAUGUAGAACUUGGAUUCAUUAGCUCCUCGGACACGGAAGGAGCAUCUUUGGAAAUAGCUGCUGAGGGUCAUCAUAAGGGAGAGGAGCAAAGCUCAUCUUUGGCGAUGUGGGAAACAGAAGUACAGCACAUUGAGUUGGAGAAAGGGAGUACAGGACUUGGAUUUAGCAUAUUGGACUACCAGGAUCCUGUUGAUCCAGCAAACACCGUGAUUGUGAUUCGCUCAUUAGUUCCUGGGGGCGUGGCCGAGCAAGAUGGGAGACUUCUUCCUGGAGAUCGGCUUAUGUUUGUCAAUGAUAUCAACUUGGAGAAUGGCAGCCUGGAGGAAGCGGUACAAGCACUGAAAGGAGCCCCAGCAGGAACAGUUAAAAUAGGAGUUGCCAAACCACUGCCUCUUUCACCAGAGGAGGGCUAUGUCUCUGCUAAGGAAGAUUGCUUUUUCUACACUGCCCAGUCACUUGAGGAGGGGCCAGCUGAUGCAGCCCUCUUCCAUGCUGAGCUGGCUCUGGUGGACUCCAGCGAGGCAGAUCAGUCGGAUGAGUUCACAUUUGAAUCACAGUAUUCUCUAGAGGAUGACGUCUUUCAGUCUUCAAUGGUAGGUCUGCAUAGCACUGCCUGUAGUGAUGAGCUGACCUACACCUGUCUUCAAUUGUCAACUCCCAAGUCUGUUGGAGAGGAAUGUUUACAUGCUACACAUGUUUUCCAGGUAUUGGAUGAGAAUCCGUACAACAUGGAUCAGAAUCAGAGUCUGAAAGAGGAAAAGUCUGUAGUGAGCAAUAGCCUGGAAACUGCAGCUGGGUUUAUGAAAAAGGAUCUUCUGCCUUUGGAUGUUUCAGAUAGCAACCAAAAUGAAAGUGAAAACAAAGCAACAUGGACUGGAUCUCAGACAACAGCAGAAACUGCACUAAGUACAGGCCUCGCUACUACCACACAGCUUGAUCCCACUGGAAAAGAUCAAGCGCUUUUAACGCAAAAGAGAUGCCCAGUAUCUUUGGAGGGAAGUUGCACAACUCCAAAUUCAGUCAAAAACAUGUAUGAGAAGACUAUCACUAUUGCAAAAGGCAAUUCAAGUCUAGGGAUGACGGUAAGUUCCAAUAAGGAUAGCUCAGGAAUGAUAGUCCGCAGCAUCAUCCAUGGAGGCUCAAUAAGUCGUGAUGGACGAAUUAGUGUGGGGGACUGCAUCCUGUCCAUUAAUGAAGAAGCAACCACUGACUUAACCAAUGCACAAGCCCGGGCUAUGCUAAGGAGGCAUUCACUCAUUGGACCAGAUAUACAAUCUUCUCCAGCACCUGCUGAUGAUCAGGCCCUCUUUUAUGUUAUUACGUAUGUGCCAGCAGAAAAUUUAGACGAGUACAGGGCCAGUUUGGGACAACAGACAGAGGGACCUGUGCCACUUGAAUUUUUUCCUUCACAUACUGUCAGGGAACUCCCAGAGCUUCCAGAACGUGAAGAGGGGGAGGGAGAAGAAAGUGAACUUCAAAAUGCAGCUUUCAGUAACUGGAACCAGCCCAGAAAGGUUGAACUCUGGAGAGAGCCUAACAAGUCACUGGGGAUCAGCAUUGUUGGAGGACGAGGGAUGGGGAGUCGCCUGAGUAAUGGAGAAAUGAUGAGAGGGAUCUUUAUCAAGCACAUCCUGGAAGACAGCCCAGCCAGCAAAAAUGAAACGCUGAAAACCGGAGAUCGGAUUGUGGAGGUGGAUGGAGUUGACCUCAGAGAUGCCAGUCACGAACAAGCUGUGGAAGCCAUACGGAGGGCAGGCAAUCCUGUAGUCUUUAUGGUACAGAGCAUUAUAAACAAACCAAGGCCAGAGUCUCUUUAUAGCCCUUCUUCAGCUUCUGCUCCCUGUGGGCAGAAAACUACUAACCCAUUUUAUCGCCAGUCAUCUAAGAACCCUUCCCUGCCUUUCCUGCAGACCAGUCUUUUCUGUAGGUCAACUGUCUUCAGCAGCACUAACCCAUUUGCUGAUUCUUCUCAGUUCAACACUGACAAGGAGGUAUCGAAUCCAAUUAGGGUUACCUUCCGUUGUUCCCCAACUAACCCUUUUGCUCCCACACCAUUCAAGGCAUUUGGUCAGUCUGAUGCAGAGCCAGAAAAGACUUCACUUUGGAACUUGUCUCUGUCUCCUCCUUCAGCAUUUUCAGAAAUGACUUGUGGUGUUGCACAGUCAUCUACCAGGGUCCCAGAGGAUGUGGAGCAGGAGGAUGAGUUUGGUUACAGCUGGAAAAAGAUCAUGCAGCGCUAUGGAAAUCUACUGGGGGAACUACACAUGAUUGAGCUGGAAAAAGGAAGGACAGGUCUGGGACUUAGUCUUGCUGGUAACAAAGACCGAUCCAGGAUGAGUGUCUUCAUAGUGGGAAUUGAUCCAAAUGGAGCAGCUGGCAAAGAUGGCAGGUUACAGAUUGCAGAUGAGUUACUAGAGAUAAAUGGGCAAAUACUCUAUGGAAGGACUCAUCAGAAUGCUUCCUCAAUAAUCAAAUGUGCACCAUCUAAAGUAAAAAUAAUCUUUAUCAGAAAUAAAGAUGCAGUAAAUCAGAUGGCCGUUUGCCCUGCAAAGUCAGUAGAGGUGUCACAGUGUACUUCAGGGACUCUUCAACAUCAAGAGAUUGACAUCAGUACUACAAACUCCAGUGCUUGUUCUGACUUCAGUUCAUGUAAAAACAUUCAGUAUGUGGAACUCCCUAAGGAUCAAGGAGGCUUGGGAAUUGCCAUUAGUGAAGAAGACACAAGUAAUGGAGUAAUUAUUAAGAGCUUAACAGAUCAUGGUGCAGCAGCAAAGGAUGGACGAAUCAAAGUUGGAGAUCAGAUCCUGGCAGUGGAUGAUGAAAUUGUUGUGGGAUAUCCAGUAGAAAAGUUUAUUAGUCUCCUGAAGGCAUCCAAAACUGCGGUGAGGCUUACAGUCAACUCUGCCGAGAUGGAUAGCCUGAUUGCAGCACCAGUCCCUUCCAGCACUGCCCUGGCAGAGAGGAGGAAUCUGCAGGCACCAGCAGCUAUCCCCUCUUCCAGCUCACCAGAACCAGAAGCCACCAAAAACACAAGCAGAUGUUCAACUCCAGCCACAUUAGCUUCUGACCCAGCUACUUGUCCCAUCAUUCCUGGAUGUGAAACAACCAUUGAUAUCUCCAAAGGGCGGACUGGUCUUGGUCUGAGCAUUGUUGGAGGAGCAGACACUUUGCUGGGAGCAAUCAUUAUCCAUGAAGUAUAUGAAGAAGGAGCAGCAUCUAAAGAUGGGAGACUGUGGGCUGGGGAUCAGAUAUUAGAGGUGAAUGGGCUUGAUCUCAGGAAUGAAGCAAUAAAUGUCCUCCGACAGACUCCCCAGAAAGUUCGUCUGACUGUGUACAGAGAUGAGGCCCAGUACAAGGAAGAAGACAUGUAUGAUGUACUCAAUAUAGAGCUCCAAAAGAAGCCUGGAAAAGGCCUUGGACUGAGUAUUGUUGGGAAAAGAAAUGAUACAGGGGUGUUUGUGUCAGACAUCGUCAAAGGAGGAAUAGCAGAUACAGAUGGGAGAUUGAUGCAAGGAGACCAGAUAUUGACAGUGAAUGGAGAAGAUGUUCGAAAUGCUAACCAGGAGGCUGUUGCAGCUUUGCUAAAGUGUUCAUUAGGUACAGUAAGACUAGAGGUCGGAAGAAUAAAAGCUGGUCCAUUCCACUCUGAGAGGAGAACAUCCCAGAGCAGCCAGGUCAGCGAAGGAAGUGGCAGUCUCUCAUCGUUCGGUUUUCCAGUUUCUGGGUCCAGUGCACCUGAAGUCUUUGAAAGUGGUCUGAAGAAGAAUACUGCUUCUGAAAUACAGGGACUAAGAACAGUUGAAAUAAAAAAGGCCCCUGCAGAUUCACUAGGAGUGAGCAUUGCUGGAGGUGUAGGAAGUCCUCUUGGAGAUGUUCCUAUAUUUAUUGCCAUGAUGCAUCCAAAUGGAGUUGCAGCUCAGACUCAGAAACUCAGA